GAGGGGUGUAAAUCACAUAUUUCAAUUUCAUUUCUCAUUAUAACAUGGUUUAUAAACUAUUUUUUUCCUUUUAAUUUUGUUUUAAUUUUUUAAUACAGUUUUGGAGCUUUUCCUCGGCCCUUACCUUUGAAAUGGCGGCAGACCCGACUAGUGCAGACAUUGUCAUUAGCUUCGUCUCUGGUGACCAUGGAGAUGGCUACCCUUUCGAUGGGAAUGAUUUAGCGCAUGCAUUCUUGCCUUUCGACCUUUCAAAUCCCAUCGCAGGCGAUGUUCACCUAAACGACGCAAUAACUUGGGGUUGGUUUGUCAUGGGAUUCAAACUCUUGCGAUUAGAGCAUAAUUUGAUCAUCGCGCAUGAAUUGGGCCACAGUCUAGGUUUGAGCCAUUCUCAUAAUAUCGGUUCCCUGAUGUAUCCAUUCUUCGAUCCUUACACUGAUCCUCCUGAUCUUGAUGAUGACAUAGCCGGAAUCCGUGCUCUCUAUGGGGUAAAGUGCGAUGCACCGCCAGACGGUGUCGAUACGGAGAGUGUCUUGAUAUAUGAAGGAAGAAGCAACAACGACAAUGCAGCCAACAACAAUGCAGCCGACGACAACAGCAAUGCAGCCGACGACAACGACAAUGCAGCCGACGACAACAGCAAUGCAGCCGACGGUACCACCAGCAAAAGAAGCAACAACGACAAUGCAGCCAACAACAAUGCAGCCGACGACAACAGCAAUGCAGCCGACGGUACCACCAGCAAAAUGUUUUAA